AUGGCGCAGGAUAAACUGACUGGCGCGAAGGUCGCCGAGCACAACUCCAAGGACUCAUGUUGGGUGAUCGUCCACGGAAAGGCCUACGACGUCACCGAAUUUUUACCAGAACACCCCGGUGGCCAGAAGAUUAUUUUGAAAUACGCUGGCAAAGAUGCGACCGAGGAAUUCGAUCCUAUUCACCCACCGGAUACCCUGGACAAGUAUCUCGAUCAGUCGAAGCAUCUGGGCCAAGUCGAUAUGACUACAGUCGAGCAGGAGGAGAAAGCAUUUGAUCCAGAAGAGGCGGAACGCCAGGAACGCUUAAAAUUAAUGCCCUCAUUGUCAGCGUGCUAUAACCUCAUGGACUUUGAAGCCGUCGCAAGACAAGUAAUGAAAAAGACAGCAUGGGCCUACUACUCCAGUGGUGCAGAUGAUGAAAUUACGAUGCGCGAAAACCAUGCCGCAUUCCACAAAAUUUGGUUCCGACCCCGUAUCCUCGUGGACGUUGAGAAUGUCGAUAUGUCGACCACAAUGCUAGGAACCAAAUGCUCAAUCCCAUUCUAUGUCACAGCCACCGCACUCGGCAAACUAGGCCACCCGGAAGGCGAAGUUGUUCUUACAAGAGCAGCAAAGACCCACGAUGUCAUCCAGAUGAUUCCUACACUAGCGUCGUGUUCAUUUGAUGAAAUUGUUAAUGCAAAGCAAGGUGAUCAAGUCCAGUGGCUGCAGCUCUAUGUGAAUAAGGACCGUGCCAUCACCGAAAAGAUCGUAGCGCACGCUGAAAAGCGUGGAUGCAAAGGUCUUUUUAUCACUGUUGAUGCACCACAACUUGGUCGUCGCGAGAAAGAUAUGCGUUCGAAGUUCUCGGACACCGGCUCAGACGUGCAGGCCGGAGAUAGCAAUGUUGAUCGGUCACAGGGCGCUGCACGUGCGAUCUCUAGUUUUAUUGAUCCCGCACUUUCCUGGAAGGAUAUCCCCUGGUUCCGAUCGAUUACCAAGAUGCCUAUCAUCCUCAAGGGUGUACAAUGUGUGGAGGAUGUUCUCCGUGCAGUAGAAGCCGGUGUUGAUGGCGUUGUUCUUUCCAAUCAUGGAGGUCGUCAGCUUGAAACCGCUCGGUCUGGUAUUGAAGUCCUGGCGGAGGUGAUGCCUGCAUUACGGGAGCGCGGUUGGGAACAUCGUAUCGAAGUCUAUGUUGAUGGUGGUGUUCGUCGCGCAACAGAUAUUCUGAAGGCAUUGUGUCUUGGCGCGAAGGGAGUGGGUAUUGGCCGACCAUUCCUUUACGCCAUGUCUUCAUACGGCCAGGCUGGCGUAGAACAUGCGAUGCAGCUGCUGAAAGAUGAGAUGGAGAUGAAUAUGCGCUUGAUUGGUGCAUCGCGCAUUGAGGACUUGAACCCCCGUUUAUUGGAUACCCGUGGCUUGAUGGGUGGUCAUUCUGGUGUGAUUCCUUCCGAUACGUUGGGCUUGGGGGCUUACGAUCCACUUGAGGCACCUCGAUUUAAUGAGAAGGCUAAACUGUAG